AUGAGCAGGAAGAUAGUGGAGUACAAGCUUGUUGAUUCCGAGAAGGACAUUGCAAGGAGCUACGAGCCUAGAAGAAAGCCAAAGAGAAGUAGGAUACUUCUUCACGAGUGGCAGAGCAUGACGCUGGAGCACAGCUUUAGGAUGAAUCCGUAUCCAGACAGAAUAGAAAAGUAUAAUUUGUUUCUGAAAACGAAGAUUCCGAUAAAGAACAUUAAGAUCUGGUUCCAGAACAGGCGUGCACGGGAGAAGUCGUCCUAUGAGGAGAUGGAGGAGAUGUAUGAGGCUGGAUAUAGGGGAUUGGAUAUAAAGGCUACUGCUUUUACAGAGGAGUUUCAAUAUUACAAGUACUAA